UCUUCAGCGGUAAUUCAGUUCGAACGGACGCAUCCUCCCGCGCUCGCGCGUUUCAUCCAACACAUUGAUUUGGGUGAAAAGUGUCUAUUGUCAAAGUGAAUGGAGUUUAGUGGAAAAAGUGGUCCAGACAAGUUUUUUUUAUCCCUUGGAUUCGCCUAAUCACAUGUGAUAAAUUAGUUGGUACCUAUAUGAGUAGUGAGUGAAACAGCAACACGAUUAGUUGAACUGAAAACCGAUACGGUUCUGUCGGCCCAUUAUCCUAAGGUUAGUGCUUGGACAUCACGGAGAGUAUAACAGUGGAACUCCUUUGUUUGGCCGCGUUGGUGGAUACGCUUAUUUGAAUAUAAAUUAGCCAACGGGACGAACUACAGACAGAGGAAACCUGAGCGGUGGCAGUGAGAUAAAAAUGGACAAUCAUCCUUUACCAAUCGGCGGUAACACUGAGUUCACCGUCCCGGGCAGAUUUCAGAAUUUGAUUCCUAUCGGAAUUGGUGCUCAAGGUGCAGUAUGCGCUGCUAACGACGUAGUCAACGGAACACAAGUGGCCAUCAAGAAGCUAUCGCGACCAUUCCAAGACGUAACAAAUGCCAAACGUGCCUACCGAGAGAUCAAACUGAUGCGAUUAGUAGAUCAUCCUUUCAUCAUCAAACUGCUGUUUGCCUACUCCCCGCAAACAACGCUGGACUCCUUUAGAGACAUAUACCUGUUCACCGAACGCAUGGACACCAAUCUGAGCUUUGUGAUCGGCAAUCCUCUGGAUCACGAACGGCUAUCGUUCCUGGUGUACCAGAUGCUCUGUGGCAUCAAGUAUUUGCACUCCGCGGGCAUCAUCCAUCGGGACCUGAAACCAACCAACAUCGUAGUGCGGGCGGAUUGCUCUCUGAAGAUUCUAGACUUCGGAUUAGCUCGUAGCGUAGGAACCAAUUUCAUGAUGACUCAAUACGUGGUAACUCGAUACUAUCGGGCUCCGGAAGUUAUUCUCAACAUGGAUUACGACACGAAUGUCGACAUUUGGGCGAUUGGCUGUAUCAUGGCAGAACUCAUCACGGGCCAGGUGCUGCUGCCUGGAACCGAUCACGUUGAUCAAUGGAACCGCAUCAUCACCACCCUGGGUACGCCAUCGAUGGAAUUUGUAUCACAAACUUCUGAAUCCGCACGGAGAUACAUCGAGAAUCUUCCCGUCCAUCCGAGGCCUUCGUUCGAUGAGCUCUUCCCAGAUGCCGUAUUCCCAACGGCAACCGGUUCACCGGAGCUUAACAACCGCAACGCUCGGCAUAUGCUCGAGCGGAUGCUAGCGAUAGAUCCAAAUGACCGAAUAACCGUUGUGGAAGCACUUGCUCAUCCCUACGUACGGUGCUGGUUCCAGGAUGACGAAGUAAACCGACCGAUUCCGGUGCCAUAUGAGCAUGCCUUGGACGAACAAGAUCUCAGCUUAGAACAGUGGAAGGAACUGUUAUUCAAGGAAGUUAGUGAGAUUCAACGGCUGACGCUCGAAAACUAAACGGACAAUUGAGGCUGAACAAAACAAAAAUGUUAGGGUUAAAGUUAGUGUUACGUUCCCUGGAACUAUUUUAUGAAUGAUAGUUUUAUCAUGUUAUGGCUGUUUGUUGAAUCCAUUUAGGCAUAACGUGCUCGAGUAGAUUUUUUUUUUCUAUGUUGAAGUUUAUACAUAUGUUAGACAAGUUAUACCACAC